AUGAGACCUAUUCCAGACCUCCCAUUCUCUCGCAAACCCUCCGACCAUUCCCCAUCUCCAUCCCUCGAUCCCCGCACUACCACCCCCGCGACCUUCUUCUUAUCCCGCAGGCCACAUGUUGUGGAUCAAGGUUCCACUACAUCGCUAGAUAGCCCCGAGGAUGUCAAAGAGAAUAUGUAUGGAGUACGAAGCCUAGAUGCCUCUCUGUCCCAAUCAGAAUUCACAUGCUUGCCCCGCGAUCACUCCGCAGAGGACAACCUGAAGCAGGCAACCGACGAUUUAGAAUCGCACCUCGCACAGCGCCGGUCAGCAUUGAAGCCACUAAUUCCAGGCACUGGAGAAUCUUCCUUUGAACACGCAUCUCCCAUUCAUGCAGUGUCUCGGCCCUUAACUCCGCUUACGUUGGGCAUCCCCGAUGACCCAUCGUCGCUACCCAGCAGCCCUAAAUCCAUAUCCAAUCAGUCCUUGCGGCCACUCGAUGAUAUUUCUAUAACCGAUGAAAUCAACAGUCAGGCUGUCGGAUCUGGAGAUGAGGACGAAAUGCUACAUGAGUCUCCAUUUUUGGCCCUAGGCGGGGCCUCCCAACUUAUCAUGCCAAGUAUCAAAAUGCCUAGUCGACGACCGUUCACCGAGCGAGGAAAAGCCAUGGGUCGAUUCAAGAUUCUUCUAGCCGGUUCCUCUGGUUCUGGUAAGACCUCGUUGAUCAAGUCUAUUGUUCAAACAUGCGAUGAUAUCGUACAUGUCGACACCAUUCCACAGUUUACCUCUUCGGGGCGCCGCAGAACUUCCCGACCCCGAUCUCGGGGAGCAUUGAUUACCACUACGGAAAUUUAUGCUAGCACCAGACCAUACCCUUCAUGGUGGUCAGACCUGGAAGACUCUCGCGUGCUCCAGCGCCGGAAAAGUAUCGGAGAAAUCGUGCUGGAGAGGAAUCUCUGUUUUGUGGACACCCCUGCAGCGAACUUGAGCUGUGCAGGUCAAACCGACGCUAUCGGGCAGUAUAUGAGACAGCAAUUCUGGCGCGCUACCAAUGCACUCAAUGGGGCUAGUGUGGAUUUCCAAAACCUACUAGCCGGUAAUGGUGGAUCCCAGGUGGAUGCCAUCUUAUAUUUGAUUUCUAAUGACACCCUCUCAACAGAUGUGGAAUGCAUCCGCCAGCUCUGCGAGCUAAGCAAUGUAAUCCCAAUAAUAUCCAAAGCAGACACCCUCACCCCAACUCAAAUCACUCAAUUGAAACUCCGCUUCCACGAACAAGCUCGCGAAGCCGGAAUAAAACCAUUCCUGUUUGGUGAACCCCCGAACGGGUUAGAUGGGGUCGGAUCCCAACCCCCAUAUGCGGUCUCCUCCGAGAAAACAAUCGAUACUGAAACAAUGGAUGCAAGCACCCUAAUGAGCCCGGACUACGUCCAACCACUCGUACCCUCCGAACUAGGUGCCCUAGUCAACAAAAUAUUUGAUCGUGACAACCUAGCAUGGAUGCGUCAUUCGGCCGCAAAGAAACUCCUCCAGCAGCGCACGGGCUCAUAUUCGUUCCCACCCCCAAUACCGUUGCCCAGUGCGCAGCCGGCUCAUACCGAAAGUGGGUCCGCAUCUGCAUCUAGCAGCUGGCGCUCUGUUUCGGGAACCUCCAUCUCGCCCGGCUCCCCACCGGGCUAUGCCAUGGCUCGCAUCGCAGACUACACUCGGCACGAAGAGCGCAUAGCGCAAGUCCGGCUCGCCCAAUGGGCGACAGACCUGCAGCGUAGCUUGCAGAACGAACGCGAUCGGUAUACCUCGCUAGCUCGUGGCGAGCGUGUUGUAUGGCUCACCGAGCGGCUGGGCGAAUGUGUCAUUGACGGUUCGUUGGUGCCUCUUUCACAGACACCUGGAUUUUGCGGUUUGCAUGGCCACGUCGGCGAGAAGGGGUUCCAGGUCAUGCACUCACGUGCCGGUUCUGGGGGGUAUCGCUUCGCGGGUUUCAGACCAGAUGAUCCCCUCGGUGUAGUUGGCUGGAUUGAUGACCUCGGACACCGGAGCUGGGUGCUUGUUCAGAUUGUUGGGAGUGUGGGGGUUGUUGGUGGUUUGGCGCUCUGGCUUGCGCGCACUUGGGGUUUGCCGACGCGUAGUCUUUCAGAUCUGCGGGUUGACUAUUGGUGUGGUGCUAUGGAACGGUAG